AUAGACUUAGAGGGCAUUGCAACAAAUCCGCUCAUUGGUUAGAGUCAUGGGGGCGUGACCAAAUUUACAGGUCUUCUUAUUUUACUUACAUUAUUGUGCUAAAUGGAAUCCAGGUCUCAGGUAUGUUCAUGUGUGCGGGAAUUCAUUCGAAGUUUAAUAGCACACCUGUCAUUUUUAAAACUCCAUCGUAGUGGAGGACCCACGAGGUUUUUUCUGUAGAUAAGACAGCUGUUUGAUAUGGACCCUAACUAUAAUUUCAAUCAAGGGAUUAAUCCCCCGAAUUCGUUUAAUGUCGUGCCCCCAUCGCAGAAUAUGCAAGGAACAAAUAUAUGGACGGGAAGUUAUCCCGAGUUUCAGCAAAUGCAGCAACUUAACGCUCAGUUCGGAACCAUGAAUUUAAACAAUCCUGGAACAAAUUACUUGGAUGCGUGCAUGUCUAUGGCGAGAACAGAUGGAACCGCUUCCACGAACAAUGGACCCUUCAUUAUCGCCUCCGUACAACCUUCCCCGGUGUCUCCUCAUCAGGGGAUACCUGGACUCAACAUGCAAGCUAUGCCCAACAACAUCCACCCAAACUUUCCUAACGGACAAAUUCCAUUGUCGCCCCAGAAUAACCCACCUUCGAGUCUCAAUGUGAUGAGCCCAGAGGAAUUCGCACUAUGGACGCUUCAAACAAACAUAGCUCUUGGAAAUAUAUCUCCUGGAGCUGUUACUAACAAUCUGCAAUCUCUUCCCAAGGGAUCAGUGUCCGUACCGAUCACAGUCGCCAGUGUCGUGCCCCAGCCAUCCCCAGCUGCUGAAUCACCCACCGCCUCCGUGGGUUCUAAUUCCUGUCCACAGACACCUUCUACUCCGCGAACCGGACUCGUGUCCGAAGAAAAGCAAGGAAUCGGAAAACCGUUGCGCGUGCAGCUGAACGAGACCGGAAGUACUUCAUCUAGUUCCAUGCCAGGAUCGCCCUCUAGCAUAUCGGGUCAUUCACUUCCGGAGACAUCGUCUUCCGGUCCUCUUUCACCGGAUUCUGAAAAUGUCUUCCUUAACGGUGAAUGGAAGUCUGGAAAUGUUCCCAUCCGAUCUCAGUCUUUGAAAUAUCAAGUGAAAUUCCCCAAGGAUAAGUGUUAUAAGUGCAUGAAGAAGCUGUAUCCCAUGGACAGAAUAGGCCCAGUGAAGGACGCCAUGUACCAUAAGGGAUGCUUCGUUUGUAAAGUGUGCAAGACGCUUUUGAACAUGAAAAAUUAUUAUCUGAAUAAAAAUGACACAUUUGACAAUGACAUUUACUGCAAGUCCCAUCAGCCUGUCAGUACGGGAAAAGGAACUUGUGCAGACUCGGUAUUAAUUAAAGGUGCAAUGAAUGUUCCAAAGCUGGACAAGGUAAAUGAACAGAUCAGAGGAGAGCAGAAGUACCACCUGGAUGCCAAUGCAGUGGAGAUUGCGCAUGCUCGUAGUGUACCCGCUCCUGACCUUCAAAUGGCCAACAAGGUGAAGGAGAAAGCGUGGACAAAAGAAAAGAGGAAGUCCGAAAGCGUUCCUCCACCGGAUGUUGUUCGAUACAAAGAUCCUGUUCCGGAAUACGAUCCGGAAAGUUAUGAAAGAUACAUGGUGGAAAACAACCCCGACUACUAAUUGCGAGGAUUUAUACCGCUAUAUAAACUGAAGGACAUGCCAGUUAACUCAAAACAUGCAUAUUAUCCGAUUAUGAAAAAAUCAUCGCAUCUCAUACCAUCGAUAGUGGUCAUGAUAUGAUUUAAAUAGCAAAACUCACAAUUUAAACUCUGUGUGAGAAGUAAAGCUUCAUUUACAUUGUAUAAUAGGAAACAAAUCCGAACGUUUUAAACACAGGGAUUUGUUUGACCUAAAUGUGCUGUAUACAGUUUCGAUUUCAGUGGAGAAAAUAGUCUGGCAGUGGUGCGUAGAAGGAACAAUGGAAUCUCGCAGUGCCGGGCCUAAAUUUUUAAGGCUGGUCCUAGACGGCAACACAUCGGUAUCGGGAGACCAAAGAACAAUUAAAUGCUCCUUAUUUUGUUGAAUUAUCCGAUGAUUGUCGUGUUAACACCACAUGGUUGUGAAAUGGCCGAAAAAAUCACCACACGUGUAUAGUGAUUCUACACCUGGGGAUGAGUGAAGAGAGCAAAGUGUAUGUGAUAGACGACCUAAAUCAUAAAUAUACCGACACGAUGUGCUCUAGUGUCAGGUUAAUACUUAAGGUGUGAAUUACCACUCAAUUCUGUUAAUAUGAUAGAUCCGGCAUGCAUGAAUUCUUAAUAUAAUAUAUCGCCCCAAAUACCGAAUAUGGUGAGAUAAAGGCCCCUUAUUUCCAAGAAUUGUCCAAUAUCAUUUCUGAUUUAACGCCUCGUGGUGGCGAAACUCAUCGUAAAGUUAGGAACAAUUCCACACCUCUAAAGGAGAGAGACCGUUCAGGGAAACAUGAAACCAGGGUCCUUAUAUUUCGUUCUUUAUAAUUACCAGGGUAACGUUGGCGACUGUUUAUGCAUCCCUGGUACACAUGAAUUGUUAAUUAUAGUAUGAAUAUGUAUAUUAUACAAAGUAUUUAUAUGUAGUAUUGCAGUCAUAACGGCAUCAAUCAAACUUAACUAUGUGUUAACGAUGUACUCGGUUUAUGCGCUCAGUGAGGACUGGUGACACUGGAAAUUGACAGGCGGAGAGAUAAUUACCCAUCUAAACACGUGUAUAUGUAUAUAUAAGUAUUACAAUGUAUACCUUUGUUAUUUACUGUUUGCAAUUGUUUAUAUACCUCAAUAACAUUAUGACAAUGCAA